CAGGCAGCUGCUUCUUACUGGGGCCCUGAUGUUCUGCUAGUGAGCUGAUACACACGGAAAGGACGGCUGUGUUCCCUUCCUCCUCAGCCACAGGAAGAUUUUCUGGAUAGCAGGGCUGUCUAGGAGGAUGGAAGACUGAGGAGAGGCCCAGAACUGACUCCUUAAGCAGCAGCUCCAAGGCCCAAGCCUGGACACACAGAGAACUGUGAGGAAGACCUUUGAGAGAUCCCACUUCAGAAACCAAGGACCCUGCAGCCCUCAUGGCCUCCAGAGUCUUGAGGAGACAAUUCAUCCAGGACAUCACUGAGUAUCUACAGGACACAGUCAGCAGAAAAGACCUGCAGCUCCUGUUGGCCAAAGAUGAAGCCUGGAAAGUGUUGGUGGCAGAGGCUGAACUGUCCAGAGAUGAGGAAGCUGCAUUGCAUAAGGCUCUGAAGCUGCUCCUAGAACUCCCCACCUUGGAGGACAAAGACAGUCUUCAAGAAGAACUGCAGGACAGGAAGAGGUUUGUAGAAGCUUUUCCUCAGUUGAAAAGGAAGGUACAAGAAAACAUCAGGAAGCUCCGAGCUCUGGCUGACCACCUUGACCAGGUGCACAGGGGCUGCACCAUCUCCAAUGUGGUAACCAACUCCACCAGUGUUGCCUCAGGAGUCCUGAGCAUCCUGGGUCUAGCUCUGGCACCUAUGACAGCAGGGGGCAGUCUGCUGCUCUCAGCAACUGGGUUGGGGCUGGGGACAGUAGCUACUGUGACAGGAACUGCCACUGAGAUUGUGGAGCAAACAAGCAGGUGGUCAGAUGAAGCUAAAGCCAAGGACCUGAUGUCAGACACCAUGGACACUCUGAACACAGUUCUUGUCAUGGGUCAGAAUGCAUUCAAACUUGAUAAAACCAUCUAUAAUGUCAUCAAACAGUUGAAAACCUUGGGGAAACACAUUCGGGCCAUUAGGGUAGCCACAGCUAACCCUCGCUUAGUAGCAGAUGCCAGACGCCUCAUGACUUCUGGAAGAAUCUCUGCCUCACGCGCUAGUCAGGUGCAGAAUGCCUUUAAAGGCACUGUUCUAGCAAUGACCAAAAAAGCUAGAAUCAGGGAUGCAGCCACUGCAGGUGUCUUCCUCGCAAUGGAUAUGUAUUCCCUUGUAAGGGACUCCAUGGAUUUAUAUGAUGGAGCAAAAUCAGAGUCAGGCAAAGAACUGCGGGCCCUGGCUCAGGAGCUGGAGGAGAAGUUGAAAGAGAUUGCCCAGAUCCACAAGACACUCCUGGAGCCUUAGUGACAGCAGCCCCAAAGAACAUGGAGGUCAGUGGAGAUGAUCUGGACAGAUUUGAGGCAGGGGGCCAUUUUGUUAGAGGGAGCAUGAGAUGUUCAGUUGUCACUGUCCUCCUAACACAGUCUAGAGUCAUGUGAGUCUCAGUGAGCGAUCCUCGAGCUCAACUUGUCCUGUGCACGUGCCUGGGAGAGAGUUUUCUGAAUGACUCUAAUUAAUGUGGGUCAAUUCCUCCACCAUGGGUGGCAGUGUUCUCUAGGUACAGAUUCUGAGCUAUAUAAUAAAAAGCAGAAUAAACAUCAGUAAGCAUGC